AUGCUGGUUACCUAUUUGGAAGCCAGCCGGGACCUUUGCGAGACGGACUCAAUUCUUUUUGGCGCCGCGCUGGCAGUCUGCCGUAUCAUAGGCGCCAAGGUUUCCACGGCUGGACGCGCUACUGGCCAUAGUAGCGCUAUCCCAGCAUGGAGAAGAAGAAUUGAGGAACGUAUCGCAAAGGCUAGAGCUCUCAUCGGCAGACUGAUAUGCUUCAGAUCAGGCAACAACAGGCCAAGAGUUGUGCGCACCGUCAGGAUGGCGUUUGCUGGGACAAAUGUCAGUUUGUCCCAGCCGGAUAUAACGCAAAAACUGACGGAGCGCAUAGAUGAUCUGAAGCAGAGAAUCGCUGCUUGGGGAUAG